AUGCAUUGUGACAGACCUGCCCCAAACACCGCGUCGAAGGCAGAGGUGUCACCCAAGCUAAGGCCGUUUUUUGCUAAUGCCGACUUCAAAUCACAAGACACGGUACCAAGACAAUUCGUCUGUAAAUUCCCCUAUAACCCCCUCCCACCUCCAGUGAUUCACAAGUCUGGACCCAGUGACUCGGCGGAGCAGGCUACGUUGUCUGCGAUUCAAACGAUUCCAGUGCGAAUUGCAAUGGAAUGGGAAAUUGCAACGCGACAACGCACGAAAUCCGCAUUUCACGCUUCGCUCAAAAGUGCUACAAGCUAUGCUUGCGCAAGCGUUAGGCCCUCGGGACCGUUAACAGAGGGCGACAGACGGACGUCGACACACACCGCCAUCAACGUCACCGAAGAGACUCUGCAUUACAUGACGGAUCUGCGAGCACCAACUCUACAUAACGGCCUCGAUUACGGAAAGGUUAAGGCCAACUUAGCUAAUCCUGUGAGCGACGACGGCAUCUCGUGUUCAGAUCCCUGCCUACCAGCAAAUGAUGGGAUUCUGGCAGCCUCACCGGUCAACCUUGACCUUGAGAACUUGGGAAUUGAGAGUUGUUCGUCUUGGACGCUCCAUUAG